CGAGACGCGAGAGUUCCUGUUCGGUGGGUACUAUCAGCCAACAUUCCCUCUGGGGACAAAGAAACCUCUCGACACUGGUCGUAUACGCAUCCUCCUUCACCUAACCUUACGCUUACCACACACAUACAUACAUUCAUACAACCUAUCAUGAUCGCAACGAGGAGUAGUAGGAAUUGCUCGACUACCCGUCGUGGGAAAUGUCGACGGAUCCUUGGACUACGACGUCUCUUCCUCGGCGGGACUCUGUUGUUAUGCUCCUGGACGACAAUGACAACCACAACAUCUACUCUGACGUGGGCCUACACACCAUUGACUUGGAUUUCGACGGCCGCUCAAGCACCCGUGUGGUCGCAUCGUGGGAGAUCCCCACGUGCACCACUCUCGGCUUCCCCCGGUGCCGAUAUUGAACAACCACCUCUCGACGACAAUGACGACAACGACCAGAACUCCCGGGGGAGAACAACGGCAUCGAAACCUUUGGUCGAUCCGAUCAUCACCAACGGAUUCGGAACUCGAUCGACCACCGAUACAUUCGGAACAACGAAAACGCCAACUUUACCAACACGAACAUCAACCACGUCGUCGUUGUCUCCACCCCGUGGCAAGGUCAACGAAAUCGACUUUUGCAUCGCCCCCGCCGACGUCUCCCUGUCCCGCGCCUACGGAAAAUUGAUGACGACAACCGCUGCCGCUGCCGACGCUCCUACCCUUUCGCUGACCCGGGCUCUCAACAACGCGUCCAAUCGUGCCGUCCGAAGGAUUCUGCUCGCACGGUCUUGGCCCUCGGCGGAAGCCUUGAACGUCAGUCUCCGACGAGUCGCACAAGCCGAACGACAACAACAACAGGAACAGCAAAACGACCAACAAAAAUCACAAGCCAACGGCAACGACAACGAUAUUCCUACCACCACAUCCAAAUGUCCCGUCCCCCAACCCAUACUCAACGUAUUGACCCGCAAAUCACGACGAAAUGCCAACAACAACAACAACAAUGCCAUAACACCGCCGCAAGCACGGUCCCGUACGGACGCCGAGUACGUUGCUGAUCAACUACAAUCCUUCCGAGCUCGUUACGGUGAACUGGUGGGUUACGAAUACGCUCAUGAUUACCUCGAAGCCGUCUUGAGUUUGGCCACUACUGGUAUAGAGUCAGCACGAUCAGUACAAGUACUACAAGACGGGAUUUACGACGAGUCCUACAAACGAGUACUCGCCGUACUAAAUACCGUUGGAGUUAAAUUUACCACAGACCCCGAAACCGGAAGACGAGCCAUUGCCGAUCUCCUCGUCGACCAAGAUAUUUCCCUUUCCAUGCUUGAUAAAAUUCGUAUUCAGCAAGAAGAAAGAGAGACGAAGUCGUCCGCGGCACUCUCUGACUUGCUGUCGGACAAUAAAGAGGGAGACGACGACGUACUGACCAAUCAGGAUCUGGGAGGUGUGUUACUGAGUGCCAAGGAGCCAUCCAUGACCAGACAACUAAAUGUCCUUUCAAACAUAGCCCAACGAGCGCUCCUCUUUGGCGGGGACCAAGAGUUGCUCGUGUUGGCCGAAACACUCGACGCGGAUCGACAAGCCUUCGUGGAACGGUGGUAUCCGGAUACGGGAGGCGUUCAGGAAGACCUAGUCAACGAAACGCGUCCGGGUAUCCAGUAUCUCAACAAUGUUAUUCAGUUGCUACGCAACUGUUACACCAACGGCAUGGUGAACAAUCUGGAUCCGCCCUUGCCCCUCUUGAAAUCCUACGCCAACGCGUACGAGCGCCUGGUUGCCACCGCGGUGGAACUCGGCAGUGGCUACCUCAAACCAGUCGCGUCGGAUCGACCAGUCCCUAUCCCGCGGAACGCCAAGGAAGAACUUGGACGCUUCGCGCUAUGGGAAUCCAACUUUCGUCAAUCCACACCGGACGUUUCCUGUUAUCCGGAGGAUCUAGAAGGUUCGUGGGAAGUCCGAGACGAAAUUGGUGGGGAAACCAUUGGUCUUUCCACCGUAGUAUUGAAGGAACAAGGCUCUGUCGAAGUCGCGCUGCCUAUGGAAGGGCUGCGUUGGCGUCUAGAUCCCGGACCAACGCACUUGGAUACAUGCACCUUUCAAGUUUUGAGCAACGACGGGACUAUUUUACAGUACCGCGGUUUCAUCGACCGAGGUGCCCGACUGGAGGCGCGCUUUUCCAAACGGCCCCUCCGCAUCCGGGGGUCGGUGCAGUUUCAAAUGAGGGACGGGUCCAUCGACUACUACAAGGACAUGUUGCCGAUUAACUAUCGACAGGGAACCACUAAAUUUGUCAUGACCAAAAUUCUGGGUGAAGGUCCUCGCACUACAGCACAAUAA